UUCUCUCCCAAUCUCCCAAAACCGUUUUCCCCCAAAUUCACAACCCCCAAAAAAAACCUAAUCUCCGACGAUCAUGGCUUCGCCGCCGGCCACCGCCGCCAAACCCGCCGAUCCGCCCAAAAUCCACAUCCAGCCCGUCCAGGUGAACACCUCCUCGCCGCGAUUCCCCCCUCCGCCCGUCACCCCGAACUCCAUCUACGCCGCCUCCUCCCCCUCCCUCCGCCGCAUCGCGAUCGCGGUGGACCUCAGCGACGAGAGCGCCUUCGCGGUGAAGUGGGCGGCGGAGAACUACAUCCGCCCCGGGGACACCGUGAUCCUCCUCCACGUGCGCUCCACCUCCGUCCUCUACGGCGCCGACUGGGGCUCCUCCACCCCCACCACCGCCGGCGCGGGCGGCGGAUCCAGCAAUCCGUUCACGAAAUCGCCCCCCGCGCCGGGCGCGGCGGCGUCUCCGCGGCAGAUGGAGGAGGAGUACGACCAGCUGACGGCGAAGAAGGCGAGCAACCUGGCGCAGCCGCUCGUGGAGGCGCACGUGCCGGUGAAGAUCCACAUCGUGAAGGACCACGACAUGAAGGAGCGGCUGUGCCUGGAGGUGGAGCGGCUGGCGCUCAGCGCCGUCAUCAUGGGCAGCCGCGGCAUCGGCGCCACGGCGAGGGGCAGGAGCAAGGGCAAGCUCGGCAGCGUCAGCGACUACUGCGUGCAGCACUGCGCCUGCCCCGUCGUCGUCGUCAGGUAUAAGCAGGACGACGACGACGCGGCGCCGGGAGAGAAGGAGAGAGAGAGGGAGAGAGGAGAGAGAGACGACGAGUUCCACGACGCCAAUGAUCAACUCACCAAGUGAUCAUCAAAAGUUAGUUGGAGUUCUACUCUCAGCAGAAGUUGAGAAUGAUCGAGUUUAGAUUUUUUUUUUGCUUCAAAUGCUAAAAGUGUGUUUCAUAGAAGUGAUAGAAAAAUGUCUUGAAGAAAUUUGGAGCUUCAAAAAUAUAUUUUUUUCGCUCAUAAAGGAACUCUUUGAUUUUAAAGCCAAUACCAUCCGGAAUAUAAGCCAUUUCCAAAUUUUAUCUUAUAAUUUCGUUUUGUGUUUAUACGCUUCAACAAUCAUUCAAAUUUUAAAUUUGGCCACUGAAUUUUGAGAUGAUUUGUACUUUGAUGAAUAUUAUCAAAUCUAUUGAGUUAGUUUGUUAUUGUGAUU